GCCCCGGAGGAGGCGGUACCCUGGGAAGGGGUGCUGGAUGCGCGCCAGUUCGGCGCGAUGUGUUACCAGCCGCUGGAGAACGAUGUGUGGGACACCGUCGAGUCCAAUGUUGACAUCGACCACCUCGAGGACCAGCUGAGGAAGGCUCUGGCGAUGGAGCUCGGGGAAGAACUGCACGAGGAGGAAGUGGAGGAGCUGGAAGACGAAGUGAGAAAGACGGUGGAGGAGGCGCAGAGACUGAAAAAGAAGAUAAAGGAUAAGGAAUGCCGAGAGGUGGAAGUGGACGUGGCGAGGCCUGAGUGUUUGGAGUGGAAUCUUGACGUUAGGGUGUCAGGAGACGUGGAAGUGUUUCGGACGAGUAGGCAAAACGUGGCCUCACAGACGCUAAGUGACGCUAGAAGCGAGAGUAGUAAUAGUUCUCAUUUAACUGACAAAUCCAGUAGUGACGAAACACGUUAUAAUAAUAAAGAUAUGUUGUUGUUGAGAAGACUAAGAAAUAUAAAAAGUUCAGAUAAAGAUCUUUCUGAGACCCCAGAGCCCGUGAUGGCAAUAAGUGCGCAUAUAGACGGCGUCUCCGGCUCCUUCCCAACAGCGUCGCAGAAGAUCAACGAGAGCGUCAAAGAAAAAGACACACUAGACAAGAUAGACCCUCUGGUGAGACGGAAGGAUCCCUUCAAGGAGGAGAGACCGUCGGGGACUCAGGAGACGAAGCCCGAGAGGGAGUCGUCGAGCAGGAACGCCAGCAGGAGCGACGGCCCACAAGAACACAGAGAGUACCUCUAUAUGGAGCAGAAACAUAUUGGGGAAUACCACAUGUCCGAAGACUGUCUCACCCUUAACGUCUACACGCCGAUCGUGAGUACUCGCUCUCUCUCCUUCAAUCCCCGACCUAAUUUAAAGGGUAUCAACAGUCAACCAGUGCCCCAGCCAGGUGGAGGACGAGAGUAUCAACAGUCAACCAGUGCCCCAGCCAGGUGGAGGACGAGAGUAUCAACAGUCAACCAGUGCCCCAGCCAGGUGGAGGACGAGAGUAUCAACAGUCAACCAGUGCCCCAGCCAGGUGGAGGACGAGAGUAUCAACAGUCAACCACUACCCCAGCCAGGUGGAGGACGAGACUAGAAGGCGCCGGCAGCGGUGGCGGCGGCGGACGGUGGCGGGGGAUCAACACCACUAUGCCCGUCCUGCUCUUCAUUCACGGCGGCUCGUUCUUCUCCAACGGCGGCCGCCUCUACCGCCCGGGGGAGUGUCUCGGUCCCUUCGGUGAAGCUCGCCUCUGA